AUGCUCCGAGGUGCGCCAGGACUAGGCCUCAGGGGCCUGAAAGGGGCUGAGAGCCCUGCGGAAGUCUCCGGGGGCGCUUACUCGGAGACCCGAAGGGAUUUCGGGGUGCUGAGGGAGAAUGGCGCCCCCCACGGGCUGGGCGAAGCCGAGGAGACUGCGGGCAGAAAGCGAGCGCGUCCGGCGCGGUCCAAGGCGCGGCGCAUGGCAGCCAACGUGCGGGAGCGCAAGCGCAUCCUGGACUACAACGAGGCCUUCAACGCGCUGCGCCGUGCACUGCGCCACGACCUGGGCGGCAAGAGGCUCUCCAAGAUCGCCACGCUGCGCAGGGCCAUCCACCGUAUCGCUGCGCUCUCGCUCGUCCUGCGAGCCAGCCCUAUUCCCCGCUGGCCCUGCGACCACGGCGAAUGCCACGGUCAGGCUUCGCGAGCCAGGGACGCGGGUGUCGGCUCUCCGCCGCCCACCUCGCCGCCCGCAGGGCUCGGCCUGGUUCGCUGGGAUGCCGCCGGCCCUUUCAUGCCGACCGCACCGCGCUACGUCUCGAGCAUCCCGCAAACUCACCCGGGAAAGCCCCGGACUGUGGUCGAGGCGCCCGACCUGCCCCAGACCUUCGGGGCAAGCUGGCGCCGGAACCCAGGGGCUCCCUCUGCGGGACCGCUUCCCUGGAUGCGAGCGGACCCGGGACUGGACUACCAGCCCUCCUGA